UUUCCCCUCCACAACCAGCAAACCCAAAAACAAAAAUCUAUUUUUUUUCUCUGUAGUGUCCUUGCACACAUUGUAACCAGAGCUCAAAUUAACUAAGUCUGAACCAAAAAUCUGAUGAAGCAAAACUUAUAUUUUCUGCUACUUCUUCUUCUUCUUGUUUCCAUGCUCGUGUCUUCACAAGCAUCUGCUCGUUUCUUGGCAAACAACCAAGUGAAAGGGGAGGUAAAACUCCACAAAACCAUUGGUGGAGAUUCUAUUGACAGGAUGGAAACUACUGAUGAUUCAAAUGAGUUGAGGGGAGUAGAGGAAUGUGAUGAUGGAGAUGAAGAAUGCUUUAAGAGAAGGGUUAUUGCAGAGGCUCACCUUGACUACAUCUACACUCAACACCAUGAUCACCCUUGAGAGAAAUUGACUACUUGAUAAGAACUAGUUUUUUCUCUAACCCAUAACUAUUUCCCAGAUCUUUUACAACUCUUAGACAUAAGCGGAUUCAGAAUUUUAAAUUUUAAAUGCUAAAAAUAAUAAUUUACUGGGUUGUAAAAAAAUAAUUUUAGGAUUAUGUUUAUGGAUUUUAGUACUACUUGUUCCAUCCAAGAAAAUCUAGCAAGUAUACAUAUGCCGUGGUUGUUGGGAUUGUGUUUAAUUUUACUUGUUUCAUCCAGGAAAUCUAGUGAAAGUACAUGCCAUGGUAUAGCAUAAAUCCCUCUUUGUGCUUGUG